AUGGAUACAUUUUGGCUUUCAAACAAGCGAGAGCCUGGAGAGAGUCCUUCAAAGCCACUGACACAGGAGAGAGAUAUGACUCUGUCCUCCCAUCACUCAGGCCCCUCUUACCCUGUGACUCUCUCUGCUCUCUCUGCUCUCUCUGCUCCGCCAGACGACCUGUGGCAUCUACCUGGACGGCUGCGUAUAAACCCCUCACUCUGGGACAAGGAGGAUGUUGUCUUGUGGCUGCUCUGGGCUCAGAAGGAGUACUCUCUGCGUCCUCCUGAUAAAGCACAUUUUGAAAUGAACGGACGUGCUCUGUGUCUCUUGACUAAAGAAGACUUUAGGAGACGCUGCCCAAGUUCAGGAGAUGUGUUGUAUGAGAUUCUGCAGUGUGUAAAACAGCACAGAAGAAAAACUUUUGAAUCUCCACAAUUGCCUCAAAACUUAAGAACACACCCCCACUCUCCAGCUGCAGUGCUUGUACCUGUUCCCAGACCCACCACCACUGCAUUACCACACUGCAGCCUACAAGACCCUUCCGUAAUUGUGUAUCAGCCACACACUAAACAUAAUCAAAACAAUAAAGGAACAAGAAGAAUAAAGCAAUGUACUCAGAACAACUAUGACCCAGAGCCUCUGAACCUAUCAAGUCAGAAGAGACCGCGAAGUCCAAGUCAAGUAGCUAUUGGCCACAUCCCAGAGUGCCGGCUGCUUUGGGACUAUAUCUAUCACUUGUUGUGUGACGAACAAUAUCAGGAGUACAUCCGAUGGGAGGACCCCAACAGACUGGUGUUCAGGGUGGUGGACCCCAAUGGACUGGCACGACUCUGGGGAAACCAUAAGAAUCGAGACAACAUGACAUAUGAAAAAAUGUCCCGUGCUUUGAGACACUACUACAAACUCAACAUUAUAAAGAAAGAGCGGGGCCAAAAACUCCUGUUCAGAUUCCUAAAGACACCCCAAGAUAUUAAAAAACAAAUUGUCCAAGAGGAUUCAACUGAAUCCAGUCCAGAUCACGACAGCCCUGCACAAGAGGAGCAUCACUUUGCCCUGUCUCCUGAGUCUUCACCUGCACACACUUCUCCAUUAGGAGUCGCUCAAUGCUUGUCAAACUAUGCACCCUGGAUUUUGGAAAGUGCUCCCUGUGUCUUUGGUGCCUCUGCCGGGUCACUGGUGGCGACUGCUGUUGUGUGUGGGAUCGAUUAUGUUUCCAUUCGAGAUGAGAUGUUGCACUUUGCCAAACAAGUGAAGACAUUCACACUUGGGCCUUUGAACCCGUCCAUAAAUGUGUUGCAUUGGUUGGAACAUAUUCUGCAGAAGUACGUGCCUAAAGAUGCCCACACACUGGCCUCUGGACGCCUGGCGGUGGCCGUGACCCGGCUGCAGGACGGGAAGCACAUGGUCAUAACUGAAUAUCACUCAAAAGAGGAUGUUGUGCAGGCUCUGCUGUGUAGCUGUUAUGUCCCUGGUUAUUGUGGCAUGAUACCUCCCUGUUUCAAAGGCUCCUACUACAUAGAUGGAGGCUUUACUGGGAUGCAGCCUGUCCACCCUCAGUGUCCCACUCUGACUGUGUCUCCAUUCUCUGGGGACGGGGACAUCUGUCCUGCUGACGCCCCCUGUCUGUGGGAGAUGGAAGUGAGCGGGGCAACACUGAUGGCUAAUGGUGCUAACUACAAUAGAGUCAUCAAUGCCCUUUAUCCUUCGGCUCUGGAGUAUUUAGAGGACGCCUUUGACCGAGGCUUCAAAGAUGCCACUAGUUUCCUUUUGAGAAGUGAGUUUGGUCCAUCUUUGAUAUUGGAUAGUUACACUCAUGAGAAGACAUGUGGCCAGAAGAAGCCAAGAGAAAACCUGACCUCCUUUAAUGCCAUCACACAAACUAAAGGUUCAAAAGAAGAUUCGAUUCGGAAACAGAUUGUCAUGCAUUUGGACUUCAUAGAAAAUGUCCUUUUGAGUAAUUUCAUGACGGACAAGAACAUGGUCGGAGUAACUGGAAAGUUAUUCUCCUACCUGCUCCUACCUCUUCUCUUGGUGCUCUUCACUGUAAGGCAGAGCUGGCAUAGAUUGCAGUUUUGGUUGAGGAAAUCGCCUCAGUGGAUAUUUUGGACAUGGGCAGGACUCAGACAGUUGACCUUUUUCCUUUACCUUAUCUGCAUGAGUACCAUCAGGAAAAACAUCUACGACAGAGUGCAAAACCUCAAUCUGAUGUUAAUGUGGAUCAACUUUCGUGUAGAAGUUGACAAACCUCUAAGAAAGCAGGAAGACCUUGGAGCUACCGCCAGUGCCAGACCAAACAUGACCCAUAAUCAGCACAAAAAGAUAAAUUAA